AUGGAAGACAAUUCCUGCUUGGCAGAAGCAGCUUAUUCUGCUCUUAUACUCAGCUGUAACCACAUUCUUUUUCCAUCUUCACUGAUUGCCCUAAGCAAUAAUCAUCUGGAAGCGAAACUUAACGAGCUGUUGGUGAAAACGGUCGGUUCAGAUGGACAGUUUCGUUGGGAUGCUGUUGACAUACUGCUCAGGUUUCUUGAACUGAGAGCGAAUUUUUCCAAAGAUACAUCGAGCAAAUACCCGGAAAAGUGCUACGUCAUUUUCAAACAGGUGUUUGCGUUCAUUACACCAACGGAGGGCUUGCUGAUAACAAGGUUCGAUGGGGAUCGUUUCACUGUUGCGUGUUGUUGUCGCUCCGUACACGUUGCACUUCUGUUUUCCCGAAAAGAUACGCUGUACAAAGAGCUAUUGCUGAACUUUAUCGAUGAUUUCAUCAAAAAUAUCUCAAAGGUGUUCUUAUUCGGUUUUCGGCAUUUCCGUUUUACACUUGGUUGCUCUUCCCUAGUUGUGUUGAAAAAGAAAACGAUUAUUCUGGAAUUGUGUUGA